CCGGGGGGGGGUUCACGUCCGGCCUGAGGGGCCGCGUGCUUUGAGCCCGGUGCCUCUCGGGGCGCCGAGGCCGUAUCCCCUCCCAGUCCUCUGGGCUCAGCCUGAAAGAAUCCCCACGGCUCCGCUCGUGGCUGUGGGAGGGGAAGAGAGGCCUCGCUGGGGCAGCUGCGGGAAGGCAGACCUGCCCGGAGCUGGUGCUGUCGUUCCUCUCGUGACGGUGCUGCUGUAAUGGCUUCCAGUUGGGACCGGCGUGGUGGAUAUUAAAUCGUGGUAAUGGAGGAUCCGUGCUAAUUGGGUCGGCGGUCUUCAGCUGGAGAGAAGGGGAGAGCUGAAGGGAGACGAUCGGAUGCACCGACCUGAGCGUGCCUAAAGAAUGCAGUGCUUAUGUUUGAGUCAGCAGGGAAGGGAGCCGUGCGGUGCCAAAAGGCUUGGAUGAGGAAAAUGAGCUGUUGUGGAGAUGUGGGGAGCACUGGGGUCUGCAAGGCAGGAGCAGGGCUCCAGCACCCCAGGGCCUGCAGCAGGGAGCCGUGUUACGGAUUCAGAACCAUUCAGGAUAUUAUGGGGAUUUGGAUACUCUGCCAGACUACUGAAAACUAAUCAUUAUAGGCCAGCUGCAUCAAAUACAUCAUCCCCAGCAGUUUGGAUGCUAUUGGCACAGCGUUCUGGCAGAAUACCUGCACUCUUUGCAGUAGUUCAGAAGAGGAGAAUUUUCACAAUGCCUGAAACAGUGCAGGAUGACACAAACCCAGGACUGUAUUCGCCGCCUCCUGAAGUGCGUGGGAUGACGCUGCUCAACCGAGAGGCUUUUAAAAGGACAGUCAUCGUUCCAGUUCUUAAAGUAAAGAAAGAAAUUGUCCAUACUUUGCUGAAGUCCCUAAAACAAACAGUACUGCAGCGACCCGGACUGAAGCGAGUGGUUGAGGAUCCAGAAGAUGAGGACAGCAAACUUAUUAUAUUGGAUCCUCAUAAAGUGCCAGAAUUCUCAUUGGGAGAGUCAGAGAAAGAGGUAUUAAAGCAGCUUCACAUUAGUCCUGAGGUGUCCGAGUACAAUUUGGAGCUGACUUAUGAGAAUUUCAAGUCAGAGGAGAUCCUACGAGCAGUCCUUCCUGAAGGCCAAGAUGUCACCUCUGGCUUUAGCCGUGUUGGUCACAUCGCUCACGUGAAUCUUAGAGACCAUCAGCUCCCUUACAGACAUUUGAUCGGCCAGGUUAUAGUUGACAAGAAUCCAGGAAUCACCUGUGUGGUGAACAAAACCAAUAUUAUUGACAGCACAUACAGAAAUUUUCAAAUGGAAGUGCUUGCAGGAGAGAGCAACCUGGUAACCAAGGUCAAAGAAAAUAAUUUCACAUAUGAACUGGACUUUGCUAAAGUCUACUGGAACCCCCGUCUUUCCACAGAACACGGCCGUAUCGUUGAGCUUUUAAAGCCCGGCGACGUCCUUUUUGAUGUCUUUGCUGGGAUUGGACCUUUUGCUAUUCCAGCAGCAAAGAAAAAGUGUGUUGUAUUUGCAAAUGAUCUCAACCCAGAAUCCUACAACUGGCUGCUGCACAACUGCAAGCUAAACAAAGUAGACAACAAAAUAAAAGCAUUCAACAUGGAUGGCAGGGACUUCCUCCUGGGGCCAGUGAGAGAAGAGCUAAGGAAAGAGCUCACACUUGUAAAAGAGCAGAAAACAGCUUUUCAUAUCGUCAUGAACUUGCCAGCUUUGGCUAUUGAAUUUCUGGAUGUUUUCAGGCAUCUCUUAGUCGGAGAGCCCUGCAGUGCUGCUGUCCUCCCCACAGUGCACUGCUAUGGUUUCUCCAAACACGAAAACCCAACCAAGGACAUCCAGGAACGGGCUGGGGCUGUGCUGGGAGCCUCCCUAGAGGGACGCUGCUCUACUUACCUGGUUAGAAACGUUGCUCCAAACAAGGAGAUGCUGUGCAUAACUUUCCAGAUCCCAGUGGACGUGCUGUACAAGAGGCCCUGCCCUGCUGGAGAAAAACCAGCCCCUAAGCGCCUGCGUACCUGCAAGGAUUCCACUGAAGAAAACAUACAGAGCUGAAAACCAGAGUUCUGGUAAUGACCUGAUUAGUUUGCAUAAGGAGUGCUGAGGUUACCUCUGGUCCUUCCCUUCAGUUGUUACCCACCUCAGGUGCACAGUGUUCCAUAACCUUCCUUUAUGAGCACUGCUUCCUGCAUUCAUUUUUUUUUUAACUGUGGGAUCAAUUGCCAGAUUGAUACUGUUCUUACUGCAAUAAAUCAAACCUCACUGUUUUUGUACAAAAA